AUUGAGGUCGCAUUGAGGUAGCACACCUUAGCUUAAGAAUGGGUGAGUUGGGACUAGUUCUUCAAAAGAUUAUCAAGGCAGCUCCUUCAAAAGCUUUGGUUAUUAGAAUCAACCUGGUUUUUCUUGCUUUCUUUCUGGUUAUCUAUGCAUCCCUUCUUUUGCGCCCAUCGUCUUCAGCUUAUUUCCAGAAUGCGGCAUCGCUUGUUAGGUGCUCUUUGCGUGAGUGCCAUCACAAGGUGGAGAAAGGGGUGAAGAUGGAGGCAGUCCUGGAAGAAACUGAAGCCAUGAAACCAAAGAGAAAGAGGAAUUUGACAAUGCUGGAAGUGCCAAGUUUCAUAGAUGAGAUUGGAGGUGGAGUUAAGAUUGGGAUGUUGAACUUUGAAGAUGAGGAUUACAGUGAAUGGGAGAAACAUGGAGAGACAAUCCCAAUCCAUUUCCAGCGAGUAUCGGAGCUUUUCGAAUGGAAAGAUUUGUUUCCGGAAUGGAUUGACGAAGAGGAAGAAAUCGAUGGGCCAAUGUGCCCUGAGAUACCAAUGCCGGAUUUCAGCAAAUACGAUGACUUGGACUUGAUAGUGGCGAAACUGCCGUGUGAGUACCCAGUAGAUGGAUGGGCUAGGGACGUGUUUAGGCUCCAAGUUCACCUGAUAGUGGCAAAUCUGGCAGUUAAAAAGGGGAAGAGGGAUUGGAAUUGGAGGACGAAAGUGGUGUUCCUGAGCAAGUGCAGGCCAAUGUUGGAGGUAUUUCGAUGCAAUGAUUUGGUGAAACAGGAAGGUGAGUGGUGGUACUAUGAACCCGAAAUAACAAGAUUAGAAGAAAAGGUAUCUUUGCCUAUUGGUUCUUGCAAUCUGGCUUUGCCAUUAUGGGGACAAGGAAACGACGAAGUAUUUGAUGUUUCCAAGAUCCAACAGGCGACAAGUGCCGCCAAGCGUGAAGCCUAUGUCACAGUCCUCCAUUCAUCUGAAUCCUACGUUUGUGGUGCCAUAACCCUUGCCCAAAGUCUCCUAAAAACCGGCACCAACCGUGACCUGAUCCUUCUCCUAGACCGGUCCAUCACGGAGCCAAAACGCGACGCACUCAAGGCGGCCGGGUGGCAACUGCGCUUCAUCAAAAGAAUUCGAAACCCUCGAGCCGAAAAAGGCACCUACAAUGAAUACAACUACAGCAAGUUCAGGCUAUGGCAGAUGACGGAUUAUGACAAGGUCAUAUUCAUUGAUGCAGACAUCCUUGUCUUAAAGAACAUUGAUCUCCUUUUCCAUUUCCCUCAAAUGACGGCUACAGGCAACGAUAUUUGGAUUUUCAAUUCGGGUAUUAUGGUGGUCGAGCCAUCAAACUGCACCUUUAAGCUUUUAAUGAACAAACGUAAGGAAAUAUUCUCGUACAAUGGAGGAGACCAAGGUUUUCUGAAUGAAGUGUUCGUUUGGUGGCAUCGUUUGCCGAGGAGAGUGAACUUUCUCAAGAACUUCUGGGCCAACAGCACCGUUGAAACUGGUUUAAAGAGCCAGCUUUUUGCAGCCGACCCACCCAAAGUUUACUCCAUUCAUUACUUGGGGUUGAAGCCUUGGCAUUGUUACAGGGAUUACGAUUGUAACUGGGACAUUGGGGACCAACGUGUUUACGCCAGCGAUGUGGCACAUCAAAGAUGGUGGAAGUUUUAUGACGCCAUGGAUGAGAAGUUGCAGCAGCAGUGUGGGUUGACAGAGCGAAGAAAGAUUGAAUUGGACUGGGAUAGGAAAAUGGCUGAAAAGGAAGGGUUCCAAGAUGAGCAUUGGAAGAUAAAUAUUACAGACCCAAGGCGAAAAUUUUUGAUCAAUUAGAAUUUGUGAUUGUUUCUUUUUUUUUCUUUCUUUCUUUUCUGAUGAAUAUUUUUGUUAAUUUGGUUUUGUAGGAAUACAUUAUUGAGAUGUUUUCCUUAUAA